AUGAUAGCAUUAACUGAGACCUUUCUUACGAGUUCAGUGUCCAAUGGUGAACUCUUUCCUCCGGGUUUUCAUGUGGUUCGUAAAGAUAGACCUGGUGAUUGUGGAUGGGGAGGAGUUUUGCUCGCGAUUCGUGAUCGUUAUAAUGUUAAAAUAGUUACGGAUAUUGUUAGUAUGACUGAUGACAAAGAAUUAAUAUUUGCAAUUGUGACAUUUAAAAAUGUAAAAGUUUUAUGUUGUGUCGUAUAUCUGCCACCAAAUUAUAAGGAUGAGCAAUAUUUGAAUGUUUUGACAUGUAUAGAAAAUGUGAUUUGUACUUACCCUGACCUAAAUGUUCUAAUCCUAGGUGACUUUAAUUUAAACUCUUGCAGUACCAAUAUAAAGACUUCUUUUGACUUUUUUUGUGAAUUCUGCUCGCUUAAGCAAUAUAAUACAGUCUUAAAUAAUCGCGGUGGUAUGCUGGAUCUGGUGCUGGGCAGUUUCGAAGCUAAACAGAUAGUGGUAUCUCUCAGUGAAGAUCCUCUGGUAAAUAUCGAUCAGUACCAUCCUAUGCUCGAUAUAAAUAUUACAUUUCCGGGCUUUUGGAUAGCAUCGAACGUGUCAUCUUUGCAGCAAGUGACACCUCGCUCGAAUACCAAUACAGAUUGGAACUGGCGUAAGGCAGAUUUUCAGGGUCUAUAUAGGACUUUGAUUGAAAUAGACUGGUCUGAUUUGUUAACAAUAAGCGAUAUUAACUGUGCUGUACAGCUGUUCUAUGAUAAGCUAUACGAAAUUAUAAAUCUGUUUGUGCCUAUUAAAAAACAAUUAUCAAACAAUCAGCGAUACAUAUAUCCAAACUGGUACAACGUAGAAAUAAUAAAAAAUAUAAAAAACAAACACUUUCAUCAUAAGCAAUUCAAAAAAGAGGGCAAAGAAUUUAAUAAGGCUAUGUUUAUAUAUUAUAGAGAAAAAGUUAAGAAAUUGAUUGACUGCGAAUACCGGAAAUAUAUGACUGUACUACAAAAAAAUAUCAUUGACGAUCCUGUGCAAUUCUGGAAAUAUGUAAAGGAGAAGAAAAAGAAUAGAAGGUACAUAGAUACAUAUAUAUAUGAAAAUACUGCAGUGACAGAUCAAGCCGCAGCCGAUGCCUUUGCUAAAUAUUUUGCGUCCGUUUUUCAUGCAGAGAAACCCGUGCUAAACCCGGAUACUGCUGCAAAAGCUGCAUAUGCACAUAUACAUCGAGAUGUGACCUCAGUUUCCAUCACGACAGUUGAUGAAAACGAUCUGAAGAAGGUAGUGAGACGCCUUAAGCCACGAUCGGCUGGUGGGCCGGAUGGCAUUCCUGUCUUCUUAGUUAAGGACUGUAUAUCAGUCCUUGGGCGGCCUCUUCUGUAUUUAUAUAAUCUUUCAUUGACCCAGUCAAGAUAUCCUGAGAGCUGGAAGCUAUCUCGAGUCACUCCUGUUCCUAAAGGAGACGGAGGCACAAAUGUUACUUCAUUCAGACCUAUAGCUGUCCUAUCCGUUUUUGGUAAGAUCUUUGAAGCAAUUCUAAGUGAUUCCAUCAAAUGCCAAAUCGGUCAACAGUUGCAUAAUGGUCAACAUGGGUUUCGUACAGCUCGCUCCACCGUCACCAACUUGGUCGCGCAUGUAGACUAUAUCUGCUCACAAAUGGAUAAGCGAAGGCAAGUUGAUGCGGCUUACUUUGACUUCCAGAAAGCCUUUGACCUUGUGGAUAACGAUGUACUAUUGAAAAAGUUGGCGAUUGUUGGAUUCGAACCAAAGCUCCUCAAUUUUUUUUCUUGUUACCUUAAUAAUCGACGUCAAUAUGUGAGGCUCAGUGGAUAUAACUCUGGAGACUACUUUACUAGGUCAGGAGUAAGUCAAGGUAGUACGUUAGGACCUUUGCUAUUCGUGAUAUUUAUCAACGAUUUGCCAGAUGUUGUUUUGACUGCAGAGUGUCUCCUAUUUGCGGAUGACCUGAAACUAACUCUGGGUAUUGAAACUGAGGCUGAUGCCGUGACAUUACAAAGAGAUAUUGAUGCUGUGUCUAUAUGGAGUCAAGAAAACCACCUUCCGUUCAAUAAUCUCAAAUGUAAAAUAAUAACUUUCACGAGAAAAUCACAGCCCAUUAUUUUUAAUUAUAAGUUGACUGACGAUCCUUUGGAAAGAGUUAAAGAGAUUAGGGACUUAGGAUUACUAUUAGAUUGCAAAUUAGAUUUUCACACGCAUAUCAACAAAAUUUGUAAGUCAGCGCAUAAAAUGUUAGGGUUUGUCAUAAGGACUGCGUCACAGUUUGAUAAUACACGGGUCGCAAAAGUAUUAUAUAAUGCUUAUGUGCGCAGUAAACUAGAGUACGGAGCUGUUAUCUGGAAUCCUUACGAAGAGAAAUACGUUCUAAUGAUUGAAAAAAUACAACGUAAAUUUGCUCGAUGGAUAUAUAAGAAACAGUACGGAUACUAUCCCUACUUAUACCCUUCCUUAUUCGUGUCUGGUAUGGUGGACAUUGAAACUUUGAAACUAAGAAGGGCAGUGUCUCAAGUCAUGCAAUAUCUGUCCAUAAUUCAUAAUAGGAUUGAUAGUCCCCAAAUACUAGAGCGUGUCCGCAUCUUGGUCCCUGGGAACGUGUCAGCAAACUCGCAGGGACAGGUGGCACCGCGGCGCCGCCCGAGACUGUUGGAGCCCCCCCGCGCACGUACCGAGCGCGCUCGUCAAGCGCCCACCAACCGCGCACUCCGCAUUAUUGGGGACAUACUUGCACAGCACAACGAGCUAGACUUAUUUGCCGAUGGAUUAGGACAUUUGUAUAAAAAAUUUCAAAUAAUUUUAAAUAAAUUCUAG